AUGGUGGGGACGACGACGCGCGCGGACGCGAGCGGGACGACGGCGAGGACGGCGAAGGGCGAACGACGAGGGGUGGCGUUUUUUGAUUUGGAUCACACGAUCAUCGACGUGAACUCGUCGUGGUUGUGGGUGAAGAGCGAGAUCAAUUCGGGACGGGUGGGGAUGUCGUUGAUCGGGACGGCGUUGUAUUGGUUUUCGAGGUACGCGUUUGGGUACGGAGACGGCGCGGAGACGGCGGGGAGGGACGCGGCGUCGAUUUACAGGGGCGAAGACGAGCGGAUGUUUCGGGAACGCAUCACAGAGUUUUUUCGGAUGGAGCUCGCGCAUCGCACGCGCCCGGGGUUCAAAGCCGUGCUGGAGGCGCACAAGGCGAACGGCGAGCGAUGCGUCAUGUGCACGUCGACGUGGCAACAUCCCGCCGCCAUCGGGGCGGAGAUUUACGGUUUGGAGACGGGCGAGGCGAACGUGGUGUCGAGCAUCAUGGGCGUGGACGAGGAUGGUUUGAUGGACGGCACGAUUCAAGUCGUCGCGUACGGCGACGGCAAAUACGAGACGACGAAGAAGUGGUGCGAACUCAACGGCGUGGAUUUGAAGGAGUGUUACUUUUACACCGAUUCCAUGUCCGACGUGAAGCUUUUAGAAAACGUGGGGUACCCGGUGUGCGUCAACGCAGACGCGCGCUUGAAGAAGCACGCCGCCGAAAGGGGGUGGCCCACCGUCGACUGGGGGAUGUCGGAUUCAGGUAUGAAAAAGCCGAGAUACGGCGCGUGUCUCUCUUGUAGCGCGUAA